UGUCAAUGUGAACAAAACUAUGGUAGACUCACUUCUAAAACAUUCCAUGAUUUUUCUAAUAUUUUCCUAAUAAAAGUGCACAUAUGUAAUGAAAUGGAGCGCCAGGAUCAAAAAGCAGAAAUCCUAAGCUGUGCGAGUUGCUUGAACGACAUUGGCGACGAGGAGUACGUGACUGCGCUAGGACAGGACUGGCACAGGGACUGCUUUAGAUGCUCCGACUGCGACGGGCAGCUGGACACGUGGUACUUCGAGAAAGAUGGCAUGCUGUUCUGUCAGGCCGACUACUGGGCGCGCUUCGGCGACGAGUGCCAGCAGUGUCACCAGGUAAUCACUGGCCCCGUGAUGGCGGCGGGCGAGCACCGCUUCCACCCGGAGUGCUUUGCGUGCAGCGCGUGCGGCGCGCACCUCGAGGACACGGAGCCCUACGCGCUGCUCGACCGCCGCCGGCUUUACUGCGGCGCGUGCUACUCGGGCGGCGCGGGCCCGCAGCGCGACGCGCACACCAUCCGCGUGCUGCGCGCGCCCGCGCACGCGCUGCGCCUCGAGCCCGCGCCCGGCGGCGCGCUGCGCGUGCACCAGAUCGACUCCAGCUGCGGCGUGCUGGCGCUGCACAUAGGCGACAAGGUGCUGGAAGUGAACGGCGCGCCCGUCGCCGGCCGCCCGCUGGCGGACAUACAGCGCACGCUGGCCAGCCCGGAAGUCAUACAGUUAACCAUAGAACACAAUCCGGCUACGAUAAACGCUAAACGCGGCACUUCAGAUGUGCAGAAACGGUCGGAUGAGGACAGGCCCAGCCAAGAGACUAAAUCGCCCGUCGAGAGGAAAAUACUCAAGGAAGACUUGAAGAAACACAUUCCCAAUGCACAUUCCAACGAAGGCGCGGAGGAGCUCGGAGUGAGGAAGGAGAGAUUGUUCAAGAGGAAAGGAGAGGACGGAGGCAAGCCGCGCGUGAUCAAGAGGAGGCAGGUGCCGCAGUCGCCUCGCCUGGCCGACAAGGAGAGAAGCAGCAGUAUGUCCAAACUGCUGGACGCUGUCGACGGAGAAGAGCCAAACGGAGUGCUGGGCGACCUCAGCCGAGCGCGCUCUUUCCGCGCGGAGCCCGCCGCGGAGCAGAAGGUGUUUCGCGCCUCUGACCUCAUCCAGGGCGAGCUGCUGGGCGCGGGGUUCUUCGGCGCGGCGUACGCGGUGACGGUGCGCGCCACGGGCGAGCGCAUGGUGCUGAAGCAGCUGUACCGCGCGGACGCGGCGGCGCAGCGCGGCCUGCUGCGCGAGGUGGGCGUGCUGCGCGCGCUGCGCCACCGCUGCGUGCUGCGCUUCGCCGGCGUGCUGUACCGCGACCGGCGCCUGCACCUCGUCACCGAGCUCGUGCCCGGCGGCACGCUGCACGCGCUGCUGCGGGACCCCGCGCGCGCGCUGCCCUGGCCCGCGCGCGCGCGCCUGGCCGCCGACGUGGCCGCCGGCCUGGGCUACCUGCACCGCCGCAACGUCAUCCACCGCGACCUCAACUCGCACAACUGCCUCAUCCGCCCCGGCGACGAGCUGAGCGUGGUGGUGGCGGACUUCGGGCUGGCGCGCGUGGUGCAGCGCACGGCGAGCAGCGGGCCGCACGCCAAGCUGCGGCGCAAGCGGUACACCGUGGUGGGCAACCCCUACUGGAUGGCGCCCGAGAUGAUGAAUGGCUGCGUCUACGACGAGAAGGUGGACGUGUUCUCCUUCGGCAUCGUGGUGUGCGAGAUCAUCAGCCGCGUGUCGGCCGACCCGGACUUCCUGCCGCGGCGCUCGGACUUCGGCCUGAACGAGCGCGCCUUCCUCGACAAGUUCUGCGCUUCGUGCCCGGAGCCCUUCUACCGCCUCGCCUUCCUGGCCUGCGAUCUCGACCCGGACGCGAGGUUUAACUCUUCCACUGGAUCGCACCGCGCCGCUGCCGAUUGCAUCGGUCGCACUGAGGGUUUGCGGAGAUGAUCCCGAUGCGGCUCAUGCGGUCGGUUGCUGCGACGCAUGCAAUCGAAUUCUCAGUUACGAAAGAUUCAUUGCAUUGACUCUCGCGGCUGACCCCCCAAUAACUUCAGUAUUAAAACACAUGAGCUGCGUUACUGAUAGACGUAAACUCCCCUCCCUUAUACAUGAUGACAGUGCAAUUAUUAUGCAAGUAUUAUGAGAAAGGUAUUUAUUUAAAAAAAAUAAAACUGCUUAAUGUUGCGAUCCGCAACCUAACAACUACGGACAUAAUUAUUUUUUACGCUUGAUCUUCGAAAAUGUCUGCGUUUAUCAAGUAUUUUAUGAUUUCAAACUAUCAGUUUCAAUGUUCUUGUUAUGAAUACAAUAAACUUUAGCUAUAGAACAAGGACUUACUAAAGCUGUGAUUUACCUUCGACGUCACGAGUACAGGCAUGACAACCGGCGAGCGUUUUCGAUAAUUUGCCACAUGGGCCGAAUGUCUGUAAAAUGAAGAUAUUUUUUG